AUGAACACUCCAGCACCUUUUCGAACACCUUCACCAGGAGAUAAACCCAUCAUAGCAGUUUGUGGGGCAACAGGUAUUCAAGGAGGAAGCGUAGUAAAGCAUCUUUUGCGCGAUGGAAGGUUUUCAGUCCGCGCAUUAACGCGAAAGCCUACCAGUUUUCGUGCCAAAGAACUAGUUCGCUCUGGUGCGACAGUAGUGGAAGCCGAUUUUGCCAAUAUCACGUCAUUAUACAACGCAUUUGAAGGUUGUUAUGGUGCAUUUGGGAUUACUGACUACUAUGAAGCCUUUGACGAGGAAGGACAACAUGGCAUCAACAUUAUCGAUGCAGCCAAGGCUACCAAACUAAAGCACCUGGUUAUGAGCACUGUCCCUUUGGUGGAUGUCUUGAAGGACACACCGGCAUGCAAGUACAAGUAUCAAACACAUGUCUACCUCGCCAAGUCAGGGGUACCAUACACCGCGUUUGCAGCAGCGUUCUACUACAGUAACAUUUUCUUAUUCGAUAUAUUCAGCAAGGGAGCAAACGGCAAUUGGGUGAUGAAAUUUCCCUUUCCUCACAAUAUCCCAAUUCCUAGCGUAUCCCCAGAAGACCUUGGAGCCUUCGUUUUAACAAUACUCACAGAUAGUUCAGAAUGGAUUGGAAAGACGACCUGGUUGUGCAACGAGCUGAUUAGCCUUCGCGAAUAUGUUGAGGCAUUCACCGAGAUUACUGGAUUUACUGUAAAGGUCUACGACGAAUGUACAAGAGAGCAGUUUCUCGCCCUCAAGGACGAGCCGGAUGUUCUGGGAAUUUGGCCAGUGUAG